AUGAAUCCUAUUGACCCUAUUUUUCCAGAGGUAGUUGUAGACUUGAACGGCCGUUCUAUAAAUAUUAUAGAACUGGCCAAACUUCAUGUUUUGAUUUUAAUUACACUUAAGGCAGCAUGGUGUCCGGUGUGUCCACAACUCUUGCUAAUCUUGAAUCUUUAUGGAUUGCAAGAUAGUCCACCAGAAAGCUUCCGAGAUCCUUUCGACGGAUCUAUCAUAAUGAAAGUUCCUCCAGAAGAAAUUCCAAAACAGAUAUUUCCUAUAGAGUUACUCGCGCAAAUAUUUGAGCACAUUGAAUCAAGAGAGAUGGUGAAAACUGUCGUAGCUACAUGUAGACAAUGGAGAGCAAUUGGAUUUGAUAUAAUAGCUAUGAGAAUGAAGCAAGCGGAGAAUCGUGUGUUAGAAUCUCUCGUUAUAUGUUCUCAGACAAAACGAAGUGACAGCGAUAAAAUAAUAUUACCAGCAGAUAAUAAGGCUAUAAGUAUUCAUGAAUUGGACUUACGCAUUAAGGAUUUGAAUGGAAUAACUGAGAUUGUUCAGCGACUUGUUCCCCCGACUGAUUUGAUGGCUUUUAUGAUUAUGAAAUAA